AUGAUCAGCAUCGACAUGCGUUGGAGAUGUGUUGUGCUUGUCCAAGUAUACGGCAUUGACGUUGACAUCGUUCGCGUCCUACGCGGGCUGUCACGGCGUAGCGCAACCAGAUUCAACACGAUGUUUACAUCUACUGGUAAUGUGACCCAGUUGAAGACGCGUUCGACAGGGUCGACAGGGUCACGCUGGCCGGCGGAGGUCAAUGCCUGGGUGAACGAGUACGCAACAGUUCACCCUUGUUUCUACAUCGAAGAGCUUGAAGACGCUCUGCGACACCAAUUCCCGACGCUCAAGAAUGUAUCUGCGGCAACGAUAUGUAGAGCACUCAUGCAUGACUUAGGUUUGACGCGAAAAGUCUUAGAACGACGAGCGCGUGAAUCUGCAGAUUUCGAGUUGCGUGAUUACUAUCGGCGACUGAGCCCGUACUACUCGUACCCCGACCAGCUCGUGUUUGUCGGCGAGACUUCCAAGGACGGACGCGAUUCGAUUCGCAAGUACGCUUGGUCGAAGCGCAACAAAAAGGCAAUUGUAAAGUUGCCAUUUUCUCGUGACCAGCGGGUGUCAGCGCUUGCGGCAUUUACGACGUCCGGAUUUUUAGCGUGGGAUUAUGUGGACGGAACAUUUGAUCGUGCUACGUUUCAUGACGUCAUGGUCAAAAAUAUUCUGCCGUACUUGAACCCGUGGCCGCUGCCGCGUUCAAUUUUGGUUUUGGACAACGCAAAAAUCCACAUGUACAAGGAGCUCCAAGAUGCAGUUCAUAGUCGUGGAGCAUUGCUAUUUUUUCUGCCACCAUAUUCUCCGCAGCUAAAUCCUGUUGAGGUGGGAUUUAGUUUGCUGAAGCGCUGGAUUGACAAGUAUCUCAUGGCAUUUCGAUUCAAUAUCCGUGCUGUACUAGAGUGGCGUUUGUAG